AUGGCGAAGGACAAGCUCUCGGCGGCGCCGCUCGAUGCGUACCGGAAGGAGCAGAAGAAGAAGGAGAAGAAGGCGGUCAAGGACCGGCGCGAGCACGUCAAGCAGACGACAGGCGACAACGUCGACAUUGGCGCGCUCACGGAGAAGCUCCGCAAGCUCGAGCGCGACGAAGAGAACAACCGCCUCGAUGGCGCUGGGCGCAAGCGAAAAGACGAGCUGGAAGAGACGAUCCGACAAGCCAAGAAGAAAAAGGCCGACCUUGAAGCCGAGGCCAAGGCGCGCGAAGCGGCGCUGCCCAAGUCGAAGAAGGAGCUGGAUGCGAGAAACAAGGAGCUGUACAAGAACCCCGAGCAGUCGAUCCACUACCAUCCGAUCUUUAACCCGUACGGCGUCGCGCCGCCCGGCUACAGCGGCGGUGGCAGCCACCCGUUCACAAAUGCGGCCAUGCGCAACAACAUUGCUGGACAGGUGCAAGCGUCCAUAUGUGUGCACAUGCCCUCACGGCUCUGUGCAUAG